UGUCACGCUCGUCCUGUUUGAGCCGUAUCUUGCUGGACGUCGGUGUGUGAUCUCAGCAGUGGGUGCCGGGUUCGAGUUGAUAUUAUCUUGCCAGUUCUUGAGGCACGUGACGCUUUCUUUCUCUUCUUGUUUAUUAUUAUCGUUAUCACAACUUCCACUUUGUCGGGCCCUCCCAAGUUUAACUCAAACUCCUUAAUCAUAUAUACCAGGAGCCAAAUAGAAAAAAAAAGAAUAGGGGAUUUGGAUUGUGAAAUAGUGGUCCCCGUGGCUAAGGGAGUGUUGCAGUGAUAAAAAGGAAAGGCAAAGAAGAUAAAAUAAGAUAAGAGAGAGAGAGAGAAAUGAUUUCCCAUGAACCUUUGCCCGGGAGCCUCAUAUCCGCGCCCCGUUAAGAGUUUGUUCAGAUCCAACGGCUGAGGCAGGAAGGCCAUGUAGUGUGCGUCCGAAGACAACGCGGUAGAAGAAAGUCUUGUCUUGAUUUCAGUUUUAUUUUGAUUUUAAAGAUGAAUAUGAAAUCCCUAUUAGUGGUCCUUUUAGAUGCUUUCCUCGCUGCGACGGUCGUGGGAGACACAGCAGCGAAGGCAGACAAACCCUCCACUUGGACUCGCCCGGCUGCCAAAACCCCCAACGAGAGCCCCAAGCUAAACACGGCCGGAACUUGGACCCCGGAUCCAAGCCAACUACUCGGCGAAUACGAGGAACCUCCACCUCCACGUGACACCAACGCAUACUUUAUGACUGACAACAACACUGUGGUCACCGUCCAGGUUGGCAUGACUGCUGAUCUCCGCUGCCAGGUGUUCGAUGUGGCUGAACACGAAACGGUAUCUUGGAUCAGACGGCGUGAUCACCACCUCAUCACCGUAGGAGCUGCGACCUACUCCAACGACGAGAGGUUCCAGGUCACCUUUUCGGAGAAUUCGCAAGACUGGACGCUGCAUGUAAGGUACGCCCAGCCUCGAGAUGCGGGCGUGUACGAAUGCCAGCUCUCCGCCCACCCACCUAUAGGCGUCUACACCACACUCAAUGUCAUCGAGGCUAAGGCGGAGAUCGAAGGGGAAUCAGAGAUCUACGUGCAGACUGGGAGCUCCGUGCAACUUACGUGCAAGUUGAAGGACUUUACUGAACCCCCUACGUACGUGUUCUGGUUUCAUGCCGAACACAUGGUCAACUACGACUCGAACAAAAGGUGCAACAGAAAUCCAGUACCGCGUCAGUCUAGCCCUUAUAUCUACCUUGGUUGCCCUGAUCGCCUUGUAGGUCCCUUGGCAACCUGCAGCUCCUUUGAGGUCAUGGCAGCAGCCUUUGAUGUCGAGGUCAUCAUCAAGAUUUUGCAUGAAGACGAUAACUCUUUGUUGCAAGGAGACAAAAAGAGGAAGAAGGAAAUUAGUGGUGGAAUUGCCGCCACACUGAUUCACGAAGGCCGUUGUUAA